GCACGGAGUCCACCUCGUCAGAGUCUGUUCAUUAGUUUCGCGCGACGAGUCGAUCGGCCAAUUAAAGACAGACGAUAUAAAAUAAAAAAAAAAAAUCGAAAACUAAUCGAAAAAUAGAAACGGCACCGGACCGAAGUUAUAUAUACGCGGACAGACGUCUGCGACCGCAUCAGUGCGAGUCUCGACACAUCCGAACGACGACCAGGGCGACCUUAUCGUUACAAUAUACGUAUUUAUAAUAUAAAAUUAUUGAUUUCAAGUAUACUUACGUACAAGUAUACCUCCAACAUGUCCACAAUCAUCAAGUGGUGUCUAAUCGGGAUCCUUGUCGUCGUGCGGUGUUCGUCGGGCCGAGGCGAUUUAGGACCGGAAAGGUCGUUCGGCGCCCUGCGGUGCACUUCCGCCGACGGCCCUGGCACGUGUCUGUUCAAAGGCCUCGUCAAGAACGCCUUGCUGUACGCCGCGAGCCGAAGGGAAGACGUCUCGGCCUCUUCCGCCGAUGACAGCAAAGUGGCCGAUGGCGGCCAUCUCCAGCAGCAGUCCAAAGGCAUCGAGGAAUACCUCAUCGAGCAGAUUCAGAACAUAUUCGGACUGUUUUCGUUCGGGUUCGAUUUGCCGACCGAAGUUACCGCCCCGUGGUCGCUGCUCAAGUCGUCGUUCCUCAACGGUCGAGGCAAAAAGAACAAGAACCUCGGCCCGAUGCUGGCCGCCGGUGUGGCCAUGAUGGCCGGCACGCUGCUGCCGCUGGCGUUCGGCGCGCUGUUCAUGUUGGCCGGCAAGGCGAUCAUGACCAGUCUGCUGGCCAUCACCAUUUCCGGGAUGCUCGGUUUGAAGUCGCUAUUCAGCAAACACGAACAGGGCCACGUCAAAGCGUACUCCGCCCCGUCGGCUCACUUCAGCGAGGCGCAGUUCGAACAGGAGCUGGGCGUGUACAAGGGCCAGACCGAGGCCAAGAUGCACAGCUCGUCGGCCAACUACUACGCGGGCGAGUCCAACCCUCCGGGCGCGUACUUUAAGGGGGUGCGGCCACAGCAGCAGCAGCACCACGAAGAAGGGCCAGACCAACCGGCAGAGUAUUACUCGUCAGCGGGUCUGAUGGUGCCCAACAAAAUCCCAGUGGUGGAGAAAAACGACUAGAUGACUGCAAAUCGUAUAUUUCAUAUUGUAGUUGGGUAAAAUAUUUUUGCCGUGUUACAUUUAUUAAUUUAUUAACGCUAACAAAUAAUUGUAUUUAAAAUUAUAAUUAUUAUUAUUGUUGUUGUUGUUGUCGUUGUCGUCGUCGUUAUUGUCCGUCCUCGCGGUGAGAUUGUUAUUCUAAGUAUAUUAAUAUUAAAAUAAUACACUAUUGAUAUUUUUAAGACGAAAUGCGCGAUUUCAUCUUUAUUUUAGAGUAAAAAUUCUUAAAUUAUUGUAACUACUGAAGUGUGAAGUGAUGCGAAGGAGGGGGGGGCUGAAAAUAAUAAAAAAAAGACUAUGUAUUGUUAAUGCGUACCAAUUGUAGUAUAUAAGUGAUGUAACAUUGUAAUCAUAUGAUAUUAUUUAUUUGUAAA